AUCACAGGAGAGGGAGACGCAAGUUUCCGGCCUCAUGAACGACAACAACUCUGCUCUGAAAGACGAAGAGGAGAAGAAGCUUGUCCCACUGAUCUAAAUGAUUCAGCUUUCCAACAUACGAUCUGAGUCUACUAUGCUCUAAACCCCAAUUUAUAUCCAAGAAUUGGCAGUGGAACUAACGCGGCAUCUGUUCACUGAACCGUUCCAUCUUCAGCCACUGCUAGCACCAAACAUUGGUGUGGGACUUUCCAGUGGAUGAGACUAACCUAUCACCAUGGAAACAGACACAGAUGUUAUUCCUAUCUGGCAGAACAAGCCUCACGGAUCCACCCGUAGCGUUGUGAGAAGAAUAGGCUCUACUCUUCCGCUCAAAGCUCCGCAAAGGGCAUGUUUCCAGGAACUGCCAGGCCUGUCCUCUCUUCGUCCUAUGGAUGGCCCAAUGGUUCCUACCUUGGCAGACAUAGCGUGGAUUGUUGCAGAUGAAGAAGAGACAUAUGCAAGAGUACGGAGCGACAGCCGGCCUCUGAAACACGAGUGGCGGCCCACGCCUCUCCUGGUGCUCCACAGGAACUCGUCUGUGCCCAACUUUCGCCGUGAGGGGAAAAGGGUCGAGGGGCUAAGGAAGCCCGGAGUGACGGCAUUGAACCGUACCACUGCCCUGCAAGAUGAGCUGAGCAGACUCCGCGCUCAGAUUGCAAAGAUUGUGUCAAAUGAUUCUGGCUCCAACCCCCUGACCCCUGAUCUGCUCUCCCCCGACGACACAAGCAUGAGCUUUUCUAUGGCGCCUUUCGAAGCGGCGCCCUACCAGCCAGCCGCCUCUGCUGCUGCAUCUUUCGUCAUUAGUGAUGUCACAGAGGAAGAAGAAGAAGAGGAGGAGGAAGAGGAAGACGAGAAGGACGUGGUCUCUGUGGUGUCAGAGCUGGUCCCCGACCCUUUGCCACCUGUCUCCAUGACGGCGUCAGCGACCUUUGACCUGGACAGGCCCAGCAUGGACUUCCGGGAGGCAGAGGAGGACACUGUGUCGCUAUCGAAGUCCACCAGCUUUGCUGACGUCAUGGACAUCCUGAAAGACAUGAACCGCAUGAAGAUGAGCAAAGAUAGGUACAACAGAGGCUGUAUGUCCUUGAGAGAGGAGGACUCCGCCUCUCUAAUUUCUGAAGCUCUGAGGAAAAAGUUUGUCUUGAAGGAAGAAGAUACGGCUGCUGUCAAACGGAAGUAGCCGAUCAUGUGUUUAUCAUCAAUACCCGAUCCUGCUGCUCCAUGCCUUUGCCUGUGGAAUAUGUACCCAUGGACCACAACCUUUCUCCUCAGACCCAAGGCAAUAGCUGUCUGCCAGAGUUAGAAUAAAAAAACACUUUGUCCCAGACAUUCAAACCCAAAAGCGAACAUCACCAGUGCUGGUGCAGCAUGAGAGGGGAAACAGCUCUUGAUAUCAAUAAUCAGUUUCAGCACUGCAUCGCAUAUUGCAUUCAGUCUGUUUCUCUCUGAAAGAGGCAUUUAUGUUUAAAUGUAUUUUGAUCAAUGACUCAACAGACUGGUUGCACUGCUGUCCAGGAGCUUGCUCUGUGCCUGGACUGUUAAGAUUUAAUAUUCAUUGCUCGUUGUGUUAUAGCACAGUGCCAGAGGGGCUGACAUCCAAACCAUCAUAACAAAGUUUUGGACUAAAAUUAAGGAGCGUUUUAUUCAUCCUGCUAUGAAAAUAACCCAGCCUGAGUUCUUUUUUGUUUUUGAAUUUUCCACAGAAGAGAUGCAAGUCAACAUUUUUUGUUGUUUUUCAGUUGUGUAAAAAAGUUCUCUAACAUACUUGAAAAUAUAUUAUGUACAACUGAAAAAGGAUCUAGUGUACAUGCAGAGAGAGAGAGUACUGUAACUUAUCAUACUGUGUGUAUGGGGGAAAAAUAACUAUUAAUAUUUGCAUUACAGUGCUGAGUUUGCAAACGCGCACAGCAUCAUGUUUCUUGCUCCACUGCACCCGUAAAAGCCGAUUUCAUAGCUGCCCUCUCGUCUGUCAUUAACAUACAUAUUGACAGAUACUGAAAUGCAGGAUGCAGAUUUUCAAAAUAAAGCCUAAAAGGAGCAAGAACAUGAUGAUGAGAUAGUUUAAAGACUGAAGUGUGUGGUUUAUAAAUCUCUGGAAAAUACUUUUUGACAAAGUGAGUAUACUUUCUGAAGUGUGUGAGUGAAACUUGCACCCAUAUUUUCUGUUUUUCUAAUUCAGGCAAUAACAGAUUAACACUUGUGGAGAUCAAGUAGGAUAUGCAGCUUUUGGAAACUGGUAGAUUGUUGAUUUUAGUUGAGGCAGAUAUAACUGAGUAAUGUGUAAGAGUGCUUUAACGUGAUGCUGUAUGCAGUUUUCUGGGUAAAAUGCUUGUGUGAGUCAUGAUGAUGAAUAUUCUUGUUGACGCCUUACCACAGAUCUAUUGCCUGCUCAAAUGCCUGAUUUUAUUCCCUUAUUAGUUCCAAGUGCCAUGGGUUUGUUUUAAUUGACCCACCCCUCGUUGCCUGCCCUUUGUCUUUUCUCAAUGUGCCCUCUAUUCUCAAUUUAACAACUUUUUUUUUUAGCACAAACAUACAAUUGACGACUAUGUUAAGAACCAGUCGCGUGUGUAGUAUUGCUCAAUGUCUGUUCAGAACAACCCCUCACCAAAAAAAACCCACAUCCUCUCAUGUUAUUCCCACUCUGUUUUUCAUCUGUAAUGUCGAAGGGAAUCCUUUAUUGUAGUUUUACGGUGUGAAAAGUUACUGUUAAGUUAUCUAUUUGGAUUGAACAAGAAUGUGCCCAUCUGUGUAACCCUGUAUGGUGUGGAGUUGAUGUUUUGUCUUGGUAGAAUUUGCCCUCAACAAGUCUUUUGGUAUUUUCUCAAUAAUUAAAUUCCUCAUAUAAACAGCUGAGAAAAACACUAUACGCACGAUUAAAUAUAUUCAUUGUAUGUCUGUACCUAAGAUGCCGAACCUCACACAGCAUACACUACCAAAUGCAUCCUGAUAAUAGGUUGAGUGUAAA